AUGGCUUCACAACAAAAGAAUCAAAAUUCUCCAGCAGACACUGGUCUAUCACGAAGUUUACCAAUUUUAGAUUCAUCACGACCUCAUACUUUCAUAAAGCCUAUAAAGAGAAUCCAUGAAGGUCACGAUGUGCCCCGCUUCCUCAUAUCAAAAGCCUAUACGGAUAUUGGCGUGUUUGUUAUGCAACUCAAUAUUGCUAUGUGUCCUAGGAAAUCAUCUGAUAUAGGUCAAAAGGUUCAGACCUGGACAUUAAAUUCUUCCCUAGAAUUAUCGGAGCCUGUUAGGAAACUACAGGAAUUAUUACAGGAUAUCAAUGCCAUUAUUGAUGAAGCACCACCUGAUACAGGACCAAGAAGAUUUGGAAAUGUUAGCUUUCGAAAGUGGUAUGAAAUACUGGAAUCAAGAGCCAGAGAUCUCUUGAAGCAAUAUUUACCGGCUGAAGUUCUUGAAUUUGGGGGAAGUUCUCCUAAUGACGAAGUAUCGGCUUUGGAUGAACUUAGUUCUUAUUUGUUGGGUGGAUUUGGGAGUGCGCAAAGACUGGAUUAUGGAACUGGUCAUGAACUUAGCUUUUUAGCUUUCUUAGGAUGUAUUUGGAAGUUGGGUGGAUUCACAAAAACAUCUUCAAAUCGAGGCGAGUUAGAGAGAAGUAUUGUUACGGGUGUUAUAGAGCCCUACUUACGUGUAAUUCGUCGACUUAUCCUCACAUAUACUCUAGAACCAGCUGGAUCUCAUGGUGUAUGGGGACUAGAUGAUCAUUCAUUUCUACCAUAUAUAUUUGGGUCAUCCCAAUAUUGUCCAGCUAUUACUGAUGAUGAAGAUAUGCCAGUAGAAGGAUCUUUACCCGAAGCUCCAAAUCCAGGAGAUGUGGCUAAGAAGAUGACAGUUGAUCGAGAAAGAAAGAAUAACAUGUAUUUCUCGGCAAUUGGUUUCAUUAAUGAUGUGAAAACUGGACCAUUUUGGGAACAUAGUCCAAUUCUUUUUGAUAUUUCCGGUGUGCGAGCAGGAUGGGGAAAAAUAAAUAAGGGGAUGAUCAAAAUGUACAAUGCAGAAGUACUAUCGAAAUUUCCGGUGGUACAACAUUUCCCGUAUGCAAGCUACAGCUGCGCCAUGGGCAAAUACGGCCGCACGAGCUAUGCCUUCAACGAGAAGAAACAUACCACCAACAUCCUCAACAUUUACACCAAGGCAAGCAUGGCCGAACAAUAA